AUGAUAAGUGAUGAACGUAAAUUGGAUCGAUCCAUGGUACCACCGUAUACCAGUGCUGUGGCUGAAAUACCAAAAACAAAAGAUAUGGUCGAUUUAGAACUGAUCAUUCGAAAUUGGGCUAAACAAAUUUUCGAAGUUACAAAAACUCGUGAAGAAGCUAAAAUCAAUAAAAAACAUCUUGAGAAAAACCAAUUAAAGUUUACUAGCAGUAUCGUAAUACAGCUUGACAGCCAACAAAAAAAUGAGCCUAUUACUGGGAAAAAUUUCUUGGCUAACUCAUUGUCACUAAUGGAUGACUGUCUUAGUAUCAUCGGACAAACAUCUGGCGCAAAUGGUUUCUUCUGA